CUACCCUCGCAGCCUGAGCCUGCCCUCCACAAGACGGGUCCCCUACCGGCGGCACCACGGCGUCCCUACAACAGCUCGGAGACGGGGGCUUCCCCUCAGCAGCCGCCGCUGCCUCGGUCUCCGCAGCCGGCCAAGCUCCGGCGCGUCCGCGGCCCGCGGCUGCCAUGCAGUUUAUGUUGCUUUUUAGUCGUCAGGGAAAGCUACGGCUGCAGAAAUGGUAUGUCCCACUCUCAGACAAAGAGAAGAAGAAGAUCACAAGAGAACUUGUUCAAACCGUUUUAGCUCGGAAACCUAAGAUGUGCAGCUUCCUGGAGUGGCGAGAUCUGAAGAUUGUUUAUAAAAGAUAUGCCAGUUUAUAUUUUUGCUGUGCUAUUGAGGAUCAGGACAAUGAACUGAUUACCCUGGAAAUUAUCCAUCGUUACGUGGAAUUACUUGACAAGUAUUUUGGCAGCGUGUGUGAACUUGAUAUCAUCUUUAAUUUUGAGAAGGCGUAUUUCAUUUUGGAUGAAUUUCUUUUGGGAGGAGAAGUUCAGGAAACGUCCAAGAAAAAUGUCCUUAAAGCAAUUGAACAGGCUGAUCUCCUGCAGGAGAACACAGAGACUAUGUAUCACAGCAAGAGUUUGAUUGUGUGUAAGAAAGCGUACUAGAAUACGAGCUGGAGUACAGACAUGCAUCCAAAUGUAGUAGGCUAUAUGAACUCAGUUUUAAUUAUAAUUUUGUCAAGCUUAUUAUUUGUAUUUUGGCAUUAUUUGGAAAGUUAAUUGCAUUUAAAUUCCAAUGGAUAGCCCCUAUUAUUUCAUUAAAUUGAUGCUUUGUAGGAAAAUUUUCCCUAUAAUAACCCAUAAUUGGGAUUACUGAUUUACUGCUGAGAGUUGGACAAAGUGUUUUUAAAUACAGUAAAUCAUCAAUGAUGUUAGUACAGAAUUAGACUUUCCCUGUGAGAAUGAAAACUUCUAUAAGAAAAUGAAGCACUGGGCAUUUAUUACUAAUAUUACGUUACUUGUUUGUUUUAUCAUUACACUAUUCUAAAUGGUAAAGGGGCAGCUUUUAUAGUUCCAACUUUAAAAUCAAUCUGGAUGCUGGAAAGUGCACUUAAGACCCUAGCUUGUGUUAUUUGUCACUUCUUGAUAUGAGAACACCUAAUAUUUUGUUAGACAUAUUUGUAGGCACAGACAUUUAACAAAUUUGGGAGAUUCCUUAGAAUAAUUUUGAGGACUUAAAAAUCUGUAGCCUCAAAGUCACAUUUUUUUUUUUAGCUAAGUCAACAAUUAAAAGCUUUCCUUGAUACUUAAAAAUGCCAUAUAGUGACUAGUUUUAACUUGCUCUUGGGGGAGCUUUUCUCUGGGAUCUCUCCUUAUUGUAAUAGGACCCUAAUGAAUGUAACACACAGGUGAAAAGGGAGUAUUCUAACUGAACUUGCCACUAACUAGCAUUGACUUACACUGGCAAUCUCUUCAGAUUAGUAGUAAGUACAGUGCUUUAGGAUUCUGUAGAAUGUAGGUCAUUUUGUUUACUGUUACAUAGUGUGAACUUGAAAAAAGGUAAUUCUGAACUGGGCAUUUUUUAAGAACAUAAAUGUUCAGCCAAAAACCAAAGAGCAAAAGCAAAUUGAUGCUUUAGAUAACUUUACUGUGAACUAAACAAUCUCAAAAUAUGAUUGUGUCUCCAUCAGCUUGUAUACUGUGUAUAAGAAUAUAUGCAUUUCUUUUGUAGCCACGCCAUGAAUAUUUUAAUGUCCCUGUGUACUAAAUGACUGCUCACCGACUAUGCAGAAUUUCAGAGGAAAUAGAGAACUGAUAACUUAUGAAAGAAAAUGUCCUCAGCUUGGUGACUAAUUCUCCUGUAAAAAGAUAAAAAGCAUCUUAGAGCUAGUACCUUUGUGAUUGUAUUUUUUCUGUAUACAUUCCUAAUUCCAUUUUCAUUCUGUAUAUGAUAUUGAUAUGUAGUUUAUUUCUGUCUACCACUGUUUCUUCUUGACAAAAUAUGACUUGUGAAUAUUUUAAUAUCCUAAACACAUACAACGUUUUCAUUAGUAAACCAUCUGUGAUUAAUCUUACGAGAGUAUAACAGAAAGGCUGGGCAAUCACAAAUGUUUACCAAAGAAAAUACAGUUAAGAACUCAGGCAAAAUUAGCAGCACCACAAUAUUUAGUCCAUUGUUGAAGAAAACCAAGCUUUAUUUAACACUAAGAUUAUCUUACCGUUUGUAUGAGCUAAUAUGUUUGACCAUCACAUGAAAGUGUAUGUUGAAGCAAUAAAAGAAAGAAAAGAUCAGUUACAAUUAUAUAAGCCCUAAGGCUAAAACAUUGAAUUUUCAAGAAAUUUUGUAGUGCCAAUAUAUGUUGAACCACAUUUAUGCAGUGUCCAACAGUCCCCUUAAGAACUAUCGGAAAGCUGUGUCACAAUCUCCUGAAAUGUCUGUUGCUCAGUAACAACACUUUUGAAGCAGUAACACUGAGCCUACUUAUAUGAUACAAAAAUUCUUAUAUUCAUUUUCAAUAUCCAAAUAUAUUUAUUUUAUUAGUUAAUGGCUUCCUAAUUAAUAUAUUAAGCCUUUUAAACACUCAGUGCUGUGUUAACUAUGGUUGUAUAUUUUUGAAAUAUUAAAAAUUUUUAAUAACA